AUGGAUGCUGCUAUGAGGCUGAAGACCAUGAUCAUCAUGGGAGUGUACGUCACUCGAGUCCCAUCCGUCACUGGAGUCCCAUCGAUAUUCGUGGCUGCCGAUUACUCGCGUGAUCUGUAUAGCGCUUGCAUAGCUUGUGUCUUGAAUCUGACGGAGCUCACUUUCUGUUUUCCUAAUACCGAACCUGUUCGCCCUCUCUCCAUGUUCCAGGCUGGGCUUGAUGGAGGUUUCCGGGCUUCCAAGUAUGAGUGGAAACAAAGCACCAACACGAACCUCUGA